UAAUCUUUCAACAGAAAAAUCUCUGGAAACCAUCUUCUCCGACGGUUCCUUCAUUCAGUCAGCACUCAGCAGCAAUGGCUGCAAUUGAAGCAGCAGCAUUCUCCAUACUUUCUUCUUCCUCUUCCCUCCCGUCAACUUCCCCUAAAUGCUCUUUGCACUUCCUUAAACUUCCCAUUUCCACCUGUGCCCUUCCUUUUUCCUCGAAACGCCCACUAUAUCCCCUCCCUCCACUGCACUCCUCAAGAAAACCAAGGUUCCAAAUAUGCUCAACCUCCACAGUUGAAGAAGUUGUUACAGUAGAAGAAAAAACAGAGCCAACCGAAGAGAAAGCAGAGUCAGCCCCACAAACCAAUCAGAAAAGAAAGCUUUUUGUGCUAAAUUUGCCAUGGUCCUUCACCGUUGCUGAUAUUAAGAACCUCUUUGCUGAAUGUGGCACUGUUACUGAUGUUGAGAUUAUAAAGCAGAAAGAUGGUAAAAACAGGGGCUUUGCAUUUGUGACAAUGGCUUCUGGGGAAGAGGCUCAGGCUGCUAUUAAGAAAUUUGACUCUCAUGAAUUGUCUGGUAGGAUUAUCAGGGUAGAGCUUGCAAAGAGAUUCAAGAAACCCUCACGUUCACCUCCUGAGGUUCCUUCCCGUGGUGAGACCUGCCAUAAGUUGUAUGCAUCCAAUCUUGCCUGGAAGGUGAGGUCUAGCCACCUGAAAGAAUUCUUCUCUGCCUACAGUCCAGUUUCGGCUAGGGUUGUCUUCGAUAGUCCUUCAGGACGAUCUGCUGGGUAUGGUUUUAUCUCAUUUGCCACAAAGGAGGAAGCAGAAGCUGCAAUCUCUUCUUUGGAGGGCAAGCCUUCAAAGAACUCCAUCUUCUCCAAACUUCAUAUCAGUUUGUCUUGGUACAAUCCUCUAGGAGAGAGUGGGCAUGUAUAUCGGUAGCUCAUGGUAAGUUAGAAAGAUGUUAGAAUCAAUAUCAGGAACACAAGUAAUUUGAUUAUUUGAGACGUUGAUUGGGAUAUCCAAAUAUUGGAAACUAAAGAUCUAAACUAGAGUUUUAAGUAUGCAUGUGCCGGAUUUGAAAUGGAGAGUAUGAUGUACUUAACUAAAGGGAUUACUGAUGUAGUUAAGAGUUAGUAGUUUCAUUGGUGGAUGGUAGGAGUGUAUAAGGUGAUCAUGUCUUCAAGGAAGGAAUAACAAGUGAUAUUAGCUUUUAACAUGACGAGUUGGAUGAUGUUCAAGAUACCCAAACUUGGUUUUAUCGUCAAGUAUUAUUGCACCCUUUUGUGCAUCUCACUGUUACAGAUUUUGUAGAUACCCAACAAUAUACACUUGAAUAACAAGUGGUACUUACUUUCAACAUGACAAGUUGGAUAAUGAUCAAGACAUUCAAACUUGGUUUCAUCUUCAAGUAUUAUUGCACUCUUUUGUACUCGCUGCUAGAGACUUUUUACAUAUCCAACAGUCUACAGAAAUUCCAUGAGCCAAUGCCUAUUGAGCCUACUAAGCCUAGCACCUUCUCUAAAUUUUGUACAAGGCUGUCGAAGUAACCCUAGUAUGUGUAUUACAUAAUUUAUAUAUUUCAAUAUAGAGUGUACCUGAAGGACGUUGGGUUCUUCAGUAAAUAGCCAAUUAACCAUCACAAACAGAUUGUCAGAUUGAACAACUAAGUAAUGGAUAUUAGGAGCAUGGACACUCCUUUUGGGCCUGUGUAUGUUGAGAAGCAUCAAGUGGAAUUAGCAUUUUGAAAGAUGAUGUCAAAAGGAAGAAGAAACUGAUUUUGGAUGUAUUUCUGGUCGUUUUAGUGCAUUAAGUGGGGCCAGGAGUAAAAAGAGAAAUAAACUAGUGUAUAUGCUUAGCAUUUUAUUAGAAGGUUUUGCUAAGUCCUGAAGUUGAUGAGAAUACACGUUUUCUAUAUUCUAAUUGUGCACAAUCUGCACAUCUCAUGGCAGAAAUCUUUGGGUACAUAAACUUUUAUGCACUGCAAAUUGUAGAAAUAUGGACUUUGGGGAUAUGCUUUUGGUCCCUGCUUGUCUGAUAAUAACCCUUACUGAGAGUUCUGCUUACUGGAGAUUCUUCAUAGAGAAACUCACUAGCUUUCAACAUUCCCAAUGAUUUGUAUUAAGGGUUACACCUGUAAUUGUUUAUGAAAUGGUAUCUUACUGGCAAAUUAGUUUUAUUCACCCCUAUGCUUUCAUUUCAUUUCCUUGGUAAUUUUAUAGUGCUCAGAUUACAGUUUUAUUGCUGCUAAUCUUCACUUCCCUCCAAUGUAUAUACAUCUGCAACACUGGCAGGGUGAUCAACAAUUGUCUCUCCGUGUGAAACAUGAAUUCUUUAAUUCUAUGUCAUACAUUAAUUUAUGGUGUUAAUUCUCUAUGCUCUUACA